AUGCAUUUAAUACGAAAACAUCAUAUAGAUUUCGGAAAAACGGAAACAUCUGAUCAUUCGAAAAGUGCUUUACAAAUAGACGUAACUAAAAUGGAAAAUGAGUCAACAGAAACAACUUCUAAUUCAGAAUUGGAGGAUGAGGUAGUAAAUUCUGAUUGUGAACCUCAACCAUGUUCAUCUAAAUCUAAUUACUAUUCUGGAGAACACACACGACAAGUACGACAACCUCUUAUAACAGAAACCAUUGCAAAAAUUAAAUCAUUUCAAGAUGGUGGACGUAAAUCAAGUCAAAUAACAAAUGCACUCAUUUAUAUGAUAACUAAAGACAAUCUCCCACUAAACACAACAGAAAAAGUUGGAUUCAAGUAUUUUGUUCAAACAACUACGCCUCUAUAUACAAUUCCAGGACGAAAAUCUGUAACUGCCUUAAUUGACGAUAAAUAUGAUGUACUUGUAAGAUGUUUGAAAAGUAAAAUUAGCAAUAUAAAUCAUUUUAAUUUGACCACAGAUAUUUGGACUGAAACAAUGAAUACAAAAAGCUUUUUAGGAAUAACUUGCCAUUAUAUUGAUGAAGAUAAAUUAAAAUCUAUAGUUAUAGCUGUAUAUGAACUUUCUUCAAACCAUACAGCCGAAUAUAUAACAGAUAUAAUAAAGAAAGUUUGUGAAUCUUGGGACAUUUGCAUUAACAAAAUAAGUGCGGUAGUUACUGAUAAUGGUGCAAACAUGGUAAAGGCUAUAUCACUCCUGUUUGGUAAAAAUAAGCAUUUACCAUGUUUUGCCCACACAUUAGAUUUGGUAGCAACUAAAAUAAUGACAGAAGUGGGAAAUGUUACUGCAAUUUUAAAAAAAGUAAAAGUAAUUGUCACAUAUUUUAAACACAGUGUCGCAGCGUCAGAUGAGUUAAGGAAGGCCCAACCCCAAGAAAACAAACUCAAACUUAUACAAUCUGUGCCUACCAGGUGGAAUUCUACCUUCUACAUGAUUGAAAGGUAUCUUAUGUUAUACAAAUAUCUAGUGCCAAUAUUAUUAAAUACACCUAAAUCACCACCUAUUACGGACUCAAACGAAAUUGAAGCUUUGAAGGAAAUUUUAUUAGUUUUAAAACCUAUAGAAGCAGUGUCAAAGGAAAUUUCAGGGGAACAGUACAUAACCAGUAGUAAAAUAAUUCCAUUAGUUAAUUGUUUAAAACAGCAGCUCAAUAAUGUUUCUCCUAAAACUGAACAGGGAAAAAAUAUUUUAGAAUUAACAAAAAAUGAAAUUUUAAAAAGAUUUGGUUCUGUGGAAUCUGUAAAAUUACUAGCUUGUUCCACUUUUUUGGACCCACGUUUCAAAAAAAUACAUUUUAAUAACCCUGAAGCAGUUGCACAAACCAUUAAUAAUAUUAAUAAUCUAUGCAAAGAAUUUAUAGAAUCCUCAAAAAAUGAACAACUAGAGCAAACUGUUUCCGAUGAUGCUACUAGGAAUACUCAAUCAUUUGGAUUAUGGACGUUUCAUGAAACAUUAGCUAAGAAAAGUUCAGUUACUGGAACUGAUUCAACUAAGGGGGAACUUUUUCAUGAACUAAAAUUGUAUAUGCACCAACCGUUAACAGAACUAAAGACCGACCCACUUGAUUACUGGAAAUCAAGUGGCUUAAAAGUUUUAAAAGAAAUAGCAUAUAAAUAUCUGUUAACUGUUGGUUCAUCAGUCCCCUGUGAACGGUUGUUUUCAAAAGCUGGCAAUAUAAUGACCGAAAGACCCAACAGAUUAGAUGCAUACUGA